UAGACGCGCUGACGCUCACGCGGACACACGCGGCAGGUGUGUGUUUUCAGAGAGACGCUGCAGGCUGUCAGGAGACGUGUGUGUGUGUGUGUGGGAUCCAUGAUGGCUUCAGUGAGAGUAGCUGUCCGAGUCCGUCCACUGAACAAAAGAGAGAAGCAGUUGUCCUCGAAGGUGAUAGUUCAUGUGAACGGGGGCACCACAUCUAUCCACAAGCCUUUGCCUAUUCCACAACAGGGACUGAGGGACAGAGGAAAGGCCUUUUCUUUUGACUUCUCAUAUGAUUCCACUGACAGAGACAGCCUCGUAUUUGCUUCCCAGGAGAAGAUUUUUCAUGACUUGGGCUCUGAUGUGCUGAAAGCUGCAUUUGAAGGUUUGAACUCCUGUAUGUUUGCCUAUGGCCAAACAGGCUCAGGAAAAUCUUACACCAUGAUGGGUCACAUGGGAGAUGAAGGUUUAAUCCCACGUAUCUGCGAAGGCUUGUUCCAGGAAAUAUCUCAUAGAAGCCAGGGUGAUGCUGUGUCGUUCCGUACUGAGGUCAGCUACUUAGAGAUCUAUAAUGAACGUGUGCAGGACCUCCUCAAGAAGAGAGCUACACCUACAGAUGGUGGAAGCCUGAAAGUGAGAGAGCACCCCAGAGAUGGCCCCUAUGUUCAGAAUCUGUCCAAGCACUUGAUGCACAACCACUGUGACAUGGAGAACCUGAUCACUCUCGGCAACGCCAACCGCACCACAGCCAGCACAGGCAUGAAUGACCUCAGUAGCCGCUCCCACGCCAUCUUAACCAUCAGCUUCACUCAGGCAUGGUUAGAAUUGGAGUUGCCACGUGAGACGUUGAGUAAGAUCCACCUGGUCGACUUGGCAGGCAGUGAGAGAGCUGAUGCCACAUGCACCACAGGCACCCGGCUGAAGGAAGGUGCCAACAUCAACAAAUCCCUGGUCACCCUGGGCAGCGUCAUCUCAGCUUUGGCUGACCUUAGUGUGGGAGGACAGAUGACAAAAAAGAAGAAGCAGAUCUUCAUUCCGUACAGAGACUCUGUGCUGACAUGGCUUCUUAAAGACAGCCUGGGUGGAAAUUCUAUGACUACCAUGAUUGCAACCAUUUCUCCUGCUGAUGUGAACUAUGGGGAGACCCUGAGCACUUUGCGCUACGCCAGUCGAGCCAAAAACAUAGUGAACUCCCCCACAGUGAAUGAAGACGGCAGUGUGAAGGUUAUCAGAGAGCUGCAGGCAGAGGUAGCCAGGCUCCAAAGGCUGCUGGAAGAAGCCAAUCAGGUCUCCCGUGGGGAGCUGUCUCCUUCUGUGCUAGUAGAAGAGGAGCUGCAUCAUAAUGAGGCAAAGGUUCUUGUACUGACCAAGGAAUGGACCAGCAAAUGGAAUGAGACUCACAGUAUCCUGCAGGCGGAGGCUGUGGCUCUGAGGAAACAGGGGAGUGGAUUGGUCCUGGACUGCCAGCAGCCUCAUCUAAUCGGCAUCGAAAAAGAUCUACUCAGCACUGGUAUCAUCCUCUAUUAUUUGAAAGAAGGGAUAACCCUGAUCGGGAGUGACAAAGCAUCAUGCAGUCAGGAUAUUGUACUUCAUGGGCCCGGGCUCCUCAGUGAACACUGUGUGCUCGAAAACCGUGCUGGGUCUGUGACUCUGAUCCCUCAGGAUGGUGCACUGUGUUCAGUCAAUGGCUCUGUGGUCACCGGUCCCCGCCAGCUCACUCAGGGUAGCAUCAUACAGCUUGGAAGUGGAACCAUACUAAGGUUUAACCACCCGACAGAAGCUGCCCAGCUAAGAGAGAGAUGCCAGGUACAGACAGACCUUCACACUGAGAGCGGGAUGCUAUCUCCCUUCAGCCUGUCCCUGACUGACAUGUCCAAAUCUACUGAGAAUCUGUCCAACGUGAUGCUGCAGAAACCAGGGGCGAGGAUGGAAGAGGAGCUCAGCCAACAGGGGGUGGCUCUGCAGCAGGUCCAAAAAAGUCUGAACAGACGUAACCAGGACAUAAGAAGACUUCCAGAGGAAAGCAGUGGGGUUCCACAUCAACAGAGAGCAGAGAAGAGGACAAAGGGGGCAGGGAUAGAAGAAUCUUGUAAUGGUCUGAUGGAUAAGCUGGAUGCAGACACGGCAGAGCCCACAGUGCAGAGUAGCUGUCUAACAUCCACCACAACAGAGAAGCUCAUACCUACAGCCAUACCUGGAAAACAUCCUGUCCCUCACACUUGUUUUGAGUUGGAUGGAGACACACUACAGGGUGGGGUAAGCACCAGGGAUGGCCAUGACCAGGAGAGGGAGGUGUGUCAUAAAUCAAGGCCAGAGCUGAUGUCUGAGAGGCCGUGGAGAGAAGCUCAGACUGGGGCUGGAGUUUCAACUUAUAAGGAAGAGGAGGUUUGGUCAGGGGAUGCCAGCCUCCAGCAGACAAGUGUCCUGGGUCCGGGUGAUGGAUGUGGCAUGAAGCCAGAGGGGAAUGCUAAUGAGAUCCAAGGUGUUGUGGCUGACUGCUACAAGGGGAGACCUGGCUCUAGUGGGAGCUCAUUAGGCAGCACACCCCACCUGCAGAGCAGCACAGGAAGCAGCUCCAUGUCUGUCCUACCACAGACCAGCACUCAAUCUCAAAUCGACAAAAAGCCUCUUAGCAGUCAGGCGCCCUGCCAUCCACCCGAGCAAACAGUCUUUGAGGGCCAGUUCUGCUGUGGAGAGAUGGAUGAAUCUGGACAUUGGGCGGAGAUCCCGGGAGUGUGUGCGACUGAGACUGCAGCAGCCACAGCACAAAACUCAGGACUGGGCUCUUUGGUCAGCAGAGUUUCAUGGAUGGUCCAGGAUGCAGGGCGUCUCCUGUGUAGCUCUCAGGCUGUAUUGCAACAGGUCAGGGAAGAGGGACUUCAGCACUUUGGGGCCCGCCAUGUUGUCUCUCUGGCCAGGGACAGUGGUGUUGUGUCUGUGGUGAAGGACAGCCAGGUCUUCUCAAUGGUGAAAGGGAGCUUUGUCUUCUCUUUAUUCAAGGAAAGUCAAAUUUUUUCCACAGUUAGAGAGCUACCACUUAUACAGCACAUUCAGAUGGAGAUCCAACAAUUUGGGACUGAUGAGUCAGCUGAGACUAUUACCCCUGACAUCACACAACUACCAGUCCUUACACCAACACAAACCAUAAACAAGGCAGAAGAAUUUCCAGAUGAUGCACCGCUAAUCCUAAAAGAUAUCCUGACAAAGAAUGAGAGAAUUGAGGAUGUGCCUCAAAACAUGGCUGAUACAAACCAAGGAGAUAAACUGAUCACAGAGCUGCUGCCAGUGAAACAUACCAGUGUGCUGGAGGUUACCUCUGCAUCUGAAGACGAAGAGAACUUGAGGUCUGUGGCGAACAAAACGAUUGUCCAAAUGUUCAGUCAAAGGUUGAUUAUAUUUCCUGAUACCCUUUCGAAUCUGCAAACCCUCUCUCUGCUAGACAUGAUGAAUGUUUUACAUAAUUUCAUUUCCACACCAGUGAUCGCCUGCCAGAAGAUUUCAGCUCUCUUUUGGCUCAGUGUGGCUAAAUGCAGCCAACCUGAGCCUUGUCCUGCUCUCCUGAUCCUGGCAGAAACUGGCCUCUAUGCCCUGAAUACAGAUUCUGGUUCCCUGGUUUUGUUCCAUCACCUCCCCUUGUUGCAGCUGAAGCAGGUGCACAUAGGCUUAGCAGGCCAGAGUCUGCGUUUGAUGGGCUCUACAGAAGAGAGCAUCCUGGGGGUCUAUACUCACAGCCACAAGCUGACCAGAGAGCUAUGCUGGGCCAUACUUCAUGCCAUCUGCCCUGGGGACAGCAGGGUCUCUCAGCACCCACUGCUCCACGGAGACUUGAUGAGGAUGUCUCUGGAAUGGCAGACUUAUGUACCUGACCUGCUGAUGGACGCUGGAUUUAAGGUUUGCUGCCAGUUCCAGAAGAGUCUUGCUGCUCUUGUUUACCUUCUUCAUUUUAACAUGGGUCAAGAAAUUGUCCCUCUAGGAGAAAUACAGCUACUACUGUACACCAGUGUACGGGUGUGCAUUAGCCCCAGUACCUACACUGAGCCCCUUGCCCAUCUUUUACUGACUGAUACUCACCUUGGUCUGGUACAGGAAGAUGCUGUCUUUCACCCGACUCCAAGCUGUGUCAUCGUGCAGCCCUGCCGUCCCCUAUUCCACCACUUAACUCUUCGUCAGCGCUCAGAUGUGCGCUGCGUGCUGGUGCAUGAUGAAGACAAGCGUGGAGCUGUCAGGCUGGAUGUAAUCCUAGCAAAUGUGAGGGGCAGGGGUCACCCUGACAGCGUGACUAAGGCAGCUACCCCGCCUGCACAAGCUUCAAAUUCAUCUCUGCAUGCAGAAGUGUGGAAAUUAACUUUCAGUUGCUCCACUGAGGCUGCCUGCCUGAUUAAUCACUUGUCAAAUGUCUGAUCAAGGACUGAACAGCCUGUAAUGAACAGCCCAGCUUGAAAACUCACUCAGAGAGUGCAAUGGCAAAAGUACAUCCCUACAGACAGUUCAAAGAAUGACUUCCCUGUUGGAAACUAUGACCUACUUUGAAGUUUCUGCAUUGAUUUGUUUCUCUAAGAGUUUUGGUCAUUUUAAUGUCAGCCUACAUGGCUUUAGUACUUAAAUAUCUUAACUUAAACACUUGCAUAGUUUUUGUUCUUUACUCACUACCUCCCCAUUAUACUGUCAAAGAGGUUUAUUAUCUAUUAUUAUUACAGAGGUAUUAUUAUAUUAUUGUUUAUUAUGAUUUUAGCCCGAAUGAUCUCACUGUCAUGAUUACUUUAAGUGUGCCAUAUUUGUCAUUUGUAUGUCAGGCUUUUGCACAUUUUAAAUAUUUUAUACAAAAACAUCUCUUUUGAAAUGGAUAUGUUUAAAUGUGUUUGUAAAAAAUUAAAGGAAGGU